AUGCGCCCACGUAAUGCAGCAGUGUUAUCUGCCAAUGCAAGAACACUAACUUCAAGUUCUACUCGAACAACGCAAAGCACUAAAGCCAUCAGCAAUGAAAAAUGGAGAGUGGGACAUAUCUCAACUAAAAUCCCCAAAUCAACCGCUUCUGUAAAUAUACCAAUGACUGUCACAGAAUUCAGUCAUACGAGAAUAAAGGACAGUACCAAAAAUGAAUUAACAAGAUCGGAAAGUAGCGUAAAAGUUACAAAUUUACAAAAUAAAGCAUCUCUCGAUCUAAGAGAUCAAGAUCUUUUCUCAAAUGUUAGAAAUAACUACAAGACUAUUGGAUCAACAAAUUCAGAAAAUAGCAUGAAAGUCACUUCUACAAAAAAUGAUGCAAAAUCUGUCAUAUUUAAUUCUCAAAAUGGCAAUACCAAGAUGCAAAAUAACAAUGAGAACAGAUUAACAAGUCAAGCGAGUAUGGUAGUUACUACAUUAGCACAUGAAGCGGAUAGUGUACAAGCCACAUCAACAAUUCCAGAUAAUAAAAUAAAAUCGGCAUCUAUGAAUUUAACGAGAAAUCCUGGGAUCAGACUAACACAAUCUGGAAAUAACAAGGAAGGCAGAUUCUCAGACUCAAAAAGUACCAUACACGCCGAGUUUACAACACUUCCUCAAAAAGCUUUUCAAUUUGCUGCUGCUGAUUUGAAGACAAAUACUACUACAGUAGCUCCAAAACCAACGACAUUAUUAGUAAAAAGCACUGUUCCAUCAACACUAAAUAAAGUUUUUGAUACACAAGAAUGUAUUCAACCGUCUCAAACAAGCAGUCUUUUUGUAUCAGAUACAGUUAAUCAAACUUUUGAUGUUUCAUUUGGACCUCUUGGAGGAUCUAAUUCAGCAGCUUACAGUGGACGUUGCGAUUGUGGCAAUGGUACAAUGUAUUUUUAUAAUUCAGUAAGUAGUUCGUCUUGGUUUGAUAUUUUAUCAAAUGCUCUACAAUCAGUCACUUUAACAUGUGCCAGAAGCCGUUCUAUGUGCGUAUGUGAUAUCGAUAACAUUUGCUACAUUCCUACUAAUGCUUCCGUGCAUAUUGUUCUGGCAUCUUAUUGUGACAAAAAUAAUGCGAUUUGCAAUAUGUAUAUGCUCGUUGAAGGAAAUACAGACGAUGAUGGCCUAGUAUCAUUAGAUGGUAAUUUGGUAAUUAAAUCUGCUGAUCAAUAUGCUCCCUUUAGUAGCAGGCCGUAUUUACUUGAUAGUUUACAGUAUCCUUAUAAAAAAAUUGCAGCAAUUGCUUGUGGCGUAUGCCCAAAAUAUCAUUCAGAUUGUAUACGUCAAUUUCAUAGUAUAAAACUUUAA